GACUUGGAUUAGAAUCACCUCGUGAUACUGAUGAAGUAAGGGAGGUCACUCUCUAGAUUAUGAUUCAUUGAGGAAGAGAAAAGAAAGAAAAUGUCUAAUUUCUUAUUGAUAUUUACCGUUUUCUUCCUAUGUUCAAAAGUAUAUUGUGAGAGAACAAAAGAGAAGAUCUAUGUAGAUAUAACUUCAAGUGGGAGGUCACCAUGCUUCAGAAGGUUGAAUGGAACACAUCAGAUUGGAUGCACAUCUGAUCCAAAGGGGAAUGUUGGUGUUGUACAUUAUGUGAAUACAUCAUCUGAUAUUGAUUGGCUCCUGGAAAAAGGCCCACACAAACCAUAUGCUGUGUUGCUCAGUGCUCGUUAUUUCAACAUGGGGACAGUAAAAAGACUGCAGGCGUCUGGAAAAGUGAAUGGCAUUAUGGUUAUACAGGUAGCAGGUAAAGAAGACAAGUACCCCCCAGCCGAGGCAUUUUCUCCAGACAAGUCCUGUCCCAAUCAAGGAUAUGGUUUGUAUAGUGGUAACGAAGAUUAUGAAGGCUGUUCCAAGGCAGUGUGGAACCCAGUUGGACAGGGCUUAAUGUUCCAGGACCUUAGUAUACCAAUAUUUAUUCUGACACAAGAAAAAGAUGUGGACUUCAUCAUAGAGAAGUGUUACAAGAAGUUCAAUGAGCGCGACUCUGCUGGUAAAGCUAGAGACUACCCACUGUGUGCAGUACAGCUCAAAGAUCGAAUGGACGGGGCAAAAGACUCUGAGACAUGCACACGUAGAACUAACCACCAGUUGAACUUGAAUCCAGACAGAUAUUGUGAUGCUUUGGGAGAUCAAAAUGUUUAUGCAACAGUGAAAGACAUUACUAACGAGGAGACAAGAGAAAACAAAUCUGUCAUUGUUGUUGCUGCAAGGAUGGACUCUUUCUCGAUGUUUGAAGAUCACUAUCCCAGUGCAGAUAACCAUGUGUCAGGUAUUGUAGCUUUGCUGGCAGUAGCAGAGGCCAUUGGAAAGGUGAAGGACAAAAUACGGGACUCAAACUUAACCAAAGAUGUCAUGUUUACAUUCUUUCAAGGGGAAGCAUUUGACUAUAUAGGAUCAGGACGAAUGGUUUAUGAUAUGGAAAACAACCUCUUUCCAUCGUCUGUAACUGGAAAGUACAUACAAAAGAUAAAUUUUAGACAUAUUUCACAUUUUGUGGAAGUAAACCAACUGGCGUAUAGAGAUGAAGGAAAGGUCUGGAUUCAUACAGAUCCAAUCUCAAGACCUAAACUGCCAGAGGUUGACAAGAUGGUGUCGGACCUGAAGGAUAUUGACCCCUCGCUUGUUGAAGUGGCAGAUAUGUCACUUCCGUUACCUCCAGCCAGUGUCCAGUCAUUCCUGAAAAAGGCGGAUCUACCUGCAGUUGUUGUAACAGAUCAUAAAAAAGAAUAUACAAACAAAUUUUACAACAGUAGGUUAGAUCUUGCUUCAGAAAUUAAAGCAAAUUGUGAGAAAGGUUCAAACAAGUCAGAGUGUUACAAUACAGUUUCGGAACAGGCUAAAAACCUCACUCAAAUUGCCGAUAUGCUUGCCAAGUUCUUGUAUAAACUUGCUACUGGAGAAAAUUCUACAAAUGAUGUAGUUGUGGAUGAAAAUACUGUUAAUCAUUUAUUAUACUGCUAUCUGAUAUCUCCAAACUGUGAGCUGUUUAAACAAAGUCUUAGUAAGGACAAGGCUGACCAACUGGCUGAUGAACCUUACCAAUUUUAUGUUGGUGUGAAUACACAACUUAACAACUAUACUGCUUUAACCAAUCAGAUGCUGAUGGUUUACCUUGGAGACCGUGUGGAGAAUGUCAUAGCAAAAAACUGUACAACAGAUACAAAAAAACAAGCAGUAUAUCAUGAACAAUGGAUACAGGGACCUUUGAAUGAAAAUGGUACAAGAAAUCCUUACUGUAUCAGAGGAAGUGCUAAUUUCUCACUUGCUAUAUCUAAAGCAUUUGAAAUAGAUGGCUAUGAUUUCAAGUCACGACAGUUUUCCACAUGGACAGAAAGUGUCUGGCAAAUUGAUGCAAUAAAUGUCAGAAUUUUUCUCAUCCCUAGUAAAAAAUUUGAGACUGUGACACUGAGUAUUGGAAUAGUUGUGUUGGUGGUUUCCAUGGUGAUUGUAUAUUUAAUCAACAGACGUGUAGAUGUUCUGUUUGCCCCCCCUGGACCAUUUCAAGAGUACCGGACAAUAACGACUUCAAUGUGAUAAUUUAACUUACUAAUUUAAUAGAAAGUGAAAGACAAACAGUGUGCACAUUUGCAUUCUCCGUGUUACAUCCUCUUGUACAAUCAGGGGACAAUUCUUUAUAUUUAUAAUUUUUUAGUUUUGAAAAUAAUUAUAAUUAAGAUUAAAAAUCUGCUUUAAAAUUUACAUGGUUUUUAGCACAAAGUAAAGAAAAAAUAGCUAUGAAGGAAGGUACUGCAACUUAUUUGGUACUUUACCAUGUUGGCCACUAAGGAUGGCACAUUAAUUUGUUGCAGGAAGGCAACACAUUUUUUUUCACAAUUUUUGUACUUCUUGUUUAAACUUGUGUGCUGGCCAUACAAGUUUAUUUGAUUCAGUUCAUAGAUUUGCAUAAUGCACCAGGAUAUGUGGUGUAACAGUUGUAGAACUUGUCUUAAUUUGAAAAAUUAAUAACUUAAGGGCAGUACAGUUCCCACAUAGUAUAAAGCAAUAAAAUGAGAAAUUGAAUUUUGCCUAAAUGGUUAAAUCAGCAUUCAGAGUUGAUGAAUGUGAUAAUCAGGUUUGGCAGAUAUUUUAUGGAUGAUGUAACAUUAUAAACACUAUGUCUACAGUUGUCGAUCCCUCACCUCUAAUUCAGGUUUGAAAGUUGUCUAUCAAGCACACUGACUGCCACAUAUGACUUAAAUACUGUGGAAAUGGAGUAAUAAUACUACAUUGUACCAAAACAAAACAUGACCAAAUAUAUGUUGUUGCUUUUACAAGUCUUCACUUGCUGUCAUAGUUCAUUUGUGUAUAACACAAUCUUGCUACAUUCCACAAAAAUCUUGUUAGAGAUGCAUGUAUAUACAUUUUAUUACAUACUCAUUUCUAUUCCCUGUUAAGUUACAAUGGUACCAGAAACGUCAAUAUUUUUCUUUACAUUGACGCCUGAAAUUCAUAUCAGGUGUGUGACAUAAUUCAAUGUGUGUCAUUGCAUUAUCUGUUUUUAUCUAGUUCAGUAUUGUCAAUCUUAUUUAGGCUAUUGAACAAAUUCAUGAUAUUUGCAUUACAUUUAUACGUUUAGAUACGUAUGUAAUAAAAAGGUUAUUAUGUUAUAGUUGCAUGACGAGGUCAUCAGACAGGCACCAGAUAUGGUGCAGUAUGGUCAAUGGCUUCCAAAUACUUAAUAUUUUGACCACCCUUUGCAAGAAAAUUUGAUUUUUCAUGACUCAAUUGUUAAGGUAAUGGACCUGUAAUAACAUUCGGCAAUUUUCGUUCAAUUCCGUAAUCUCCUAGUGCUAUGUCUGCAUGAUGUAGGUACUAAUGCAGUUAAUAUGAACAACAAGCCGUAGAAUGCCGAAAUCGCAUACAGAGAAUUUGUAAUUGUAUGGAAAUUGCUCAAUAGGAGAGCGUCGGUUUACGGAUUGAGGGGUCAUGAGUUUGAUCCUCGGGCGGGGUGUAUGUUCUGUGUGACGAUUUGAUAAAAGACAUUAUGUCUGAAAUCAUUCGUCUUCCACCUCUGAUUCAUGUGGGGAAGUUGGCAGUUACUUGCGGAGAACAGGUUUGUACUGGUACAGAAUCCAGGAACACUAGUUAGGUUAACUGCCUGCCGUUACAUGACUGAAAUACUGUUGAAAAAUGGCGUUAAACCCAAAACAAAAAUUGCUGAAUGUUUGUGUUACAUGUAUACUUGGUUUGUGUUGAAUCAGAGAACUGUUGUCUUUGAUGUAAGAAUAUUGUUUUGAAAUUUGAUCAUGUAAUGAUUAUUUGUCUUUAAUACGUUUUUACAUUAUAUUUAUUUAGAAUUGUACUUUUUUUUACUGAUACUGAAACACCUAUCCACAGUUUGUAUUUUGUCUGCUUGUGUACAUUUAUGCACUGUAAAUAGCAUUUUAAAUUUCAGUUUGUUAUUUAUAGAAUUUAAUGUGUUUGUUUUCCUAAAAUGGAAGAAUGUCUCGCGGGAAUAUGUUAUUACACAUGUAUUAUUUUUAAGAAAAAGCACCAUGCACUUGAGAUUUAGCAGACUGGCCUUCAAAUGUAUUUGUUUAGUUUGAUAAGAAUUUGCGUUUCAAUUUGAGAUUAAUUUUAAACUUUAAUGAAACCUCUUAUAACCAAGAAGGCAUAUUUAAUCUUGUUUCAUCUUAUGCAGCCAUGUUCCAUCAUACAUGAAUACCAUAUAUUUUUUUUUGCGGAAAAUAAGAGGUCAUUGACUAAAGGCAAAUAUGUCUUAGGGUUAUUCAUCCUCCAGCUUUGAUUCCUAUUGGGGAAGUUAUCAAGUUGUUGUGGAGAAAACAAAUCCAGGAUGUUUGGGGAUACUGUUAACAAACAUAGAACCCAGCAGAACAAAACAAAAGAGAAAAAAACUUCUGUCUCAGUCUUAACUUGUCUUGUUCAUUUUUUUACAGCUAAUGCUUAUAAAUACAGUAGAACCCCUCUUUACUGGACAGCUUUGGGACCAAGCUUUUGUCAGAUUUAGAGGGGUAUCUACAUUAGAGAAGUUUAGCAUCUUGUCAAAUGUGCACCUAUUCUAUCAAAGAGUUUUUUUUCCCUUUAACUCUUGUUAGUCUUAUUCUAAUAUGGUUGCCUUAUAAUAAGCAUUAUAUGCCAACUAUUUAAUUGUCAAGACAGUCAUCCUUGGCUCAUAUUAGUCAUUUCAAGAUUUUUUUUGAGGAUUUUCUACAUUUGAAGUAAAUAACUAAACAUAAUUUUUUUUUUUGUGAAAGAUAGCCACUGGAUAUCUUUAAAGUGGCAUUAUGCGCAUCUUACUGCACAUAGUAUGUUUUGGUGAAAGUUUUAUAAAAGCAAGUUUUGGUUUCUGUGCAUUUAAAUGUGUUAAAUUAACGAUAAUGCCACAUAAGUAUUUGAAGUUGAUGCUUUAGAAAUAAAGAAAUCGGAUUAAUAAAAUAAUAGUUCUUUUCUUCAAUCUUCUACUCAGUGAUCUCCCUUACCAAUAUGUAGAGAUUUCUGAAGUUGAAGGGAAGCAACUCCUGCAUGCAGUUUGAUUUUUCUUAAAAAGACUGCCCCAGUCAUAAGAAGUCAUAUUUGGAAAGUUAUUAUUUCGUACUGGUAAGAGGAAGAGUUUGGGUUACUGGGUUAAAAGCUAUAAUUUCCUCCACCCUUUUUACACACACAUCUAUUUCAUCUGGACUUUUACUUGAAAAAUGCGCAGAAUUCCACUUUAAGGGUUUGGCCGACCAUUAUACUGUCAUAAUAAAUGUGACUCUGGCAUGUUUUCCCUCCUGUAUCAAAAAUGUGCAAUUUCAGGAAGUAUAAGUCAAAAGGACAGAUUUGAAACUAGAUCAGUUUAUUAGAGUCAUUAGGACCGUUUGGUACUCAGUAACACUGCUGUCCCUAAUCACACUGGUUUCCCUGCAUAUACAGGUGUGACAGAAAACUAACAUUUCAUUUCAUCACAACAGUUGACACAUUGCUAUAAAAUUGAUGAGGCCAUGUUAUUAUUGUCAUAUAGAAUAUAUUGCCAAACAUCAUUUUACAGAGCCAUUUACUAGUUUAAUAUCAUUAAUAAGUACUGUUUGAAGUGAUUGAAAGUAUGCAAGUUGUUAUUAAAUUGUGAGUGUAAGGUUAUCACUGCAGUACUAUGUUUUGUGCCUUGCCUGUGGUGUAACUGAAAAAUUGAUUUUCAUGUCUUUUGUUUUAAUACAUACAUGUAUUUGUUACAAAGAACAAUGUUUUUUUAAAUGAUUUAGUUGAAAAUGCUGUAAUGAAAUAUAAAAUUUAUAAACUGUU